CAGGUUUCACUUGACAAUAUUGACAUGACAGUUCCAGCUGCUGAGUUCGAGAAAUGCAAAAUAGUCGAAAUUGUUGUUGUUUUUCUUUGUUCUUGAAUUUAAAACCUUAAUGAAAAUGAAGAAUUUCCCUGUGUUCGUGUUUCCUGUGUCACUGGAAUUCUACUUGAAUGCUAGGCACACUCAUAAGCAAUUAUUAACUGUUUAUAAUCCUUAUGAUUUCUCCGUAAAUUUUAAAGUUUUAUGCACAUCUCCAAAUAAGUUUACAGUAAUUGACCCUGAGGGAAUUAUAGCUCCUCAAAGUUGCAUAGAUAUUGUUGUGCGAUAUACACAACCUUCCAUUACCCACUGCAACACGACAGAAAAGUUUAGGAUAACUAUGUUUGACAGAAAUACCCAGCAGGCUCUAGGUAAAAGAGAUGUUCCAACUAAGUUAAUAGAGGGGGAACCUUCGAAUACAAACCCAGAAAGUCUUGGAGACAAUUUUCAUCCAUUAGCAACGAAAGCAGCACCUAUAAGGCCUUCAGAAGAACAUUCACGAGUUAUAUGUAAUCAUCCCUUACAUCACCGAGAACAACAACCUAUCAAUGUUGUAGCUGUUGCAGUAAGUAUAUGUUGUAUAGCUGCUUUACUCUUGCCCACACAGCCAGAGCAGGUUGUGAAAUCACAAUGGCCAGAGUGGCUACACAUAGGAUCAAAUCUUAAAUUAGUAUUUGCCUUUGUGCUUGGUUUGGUGAGUAUGUUAGUUUUAAGACCAUAGACUAAAC